AUGGUAAAGAAUCUGCCUGCAAUGCAGGAAACCCAGGUUCAACCCCUGGGUCGGGGAGAACCCCUGGAGAAGAAAUUGGCAGCUCAGGCCAGUAUUCUUAUCUGGAGAAUUCCAUGGACAGAGGAGCCUGGAGGGUUACAGUUCAUGGGAUCGCAAAGAGUCAGACACAACCGAGCGACUUUCACUUUUCACUUUCAAAUUGAUUGCAGCAAGUGGAAACAGAAGCAUGUGCCAGACAAAAGGCUGCUAACUGGAAGCCUGCAUCUUGCCCAGGCGUCAAUUAGUAUUCUUUUCCAAGAAAAUGGAGAGCAUCCGUUACUCUAG